CGGUUGCGCACUGGUUGCAUCAAUAUAUGGCGGGCAUCAUCCGUCCUCGCUCAACGCAUUCUAACAGUAUCACGUCCAACCCUACAAAGCAGCAGGGGCAGCAGCAGCAGCCAGCAACACUUGCAAAGCGUCUGCUCUUUCCGCACUUACCACCAGGCUCAGACUUACCGCCGUUGUUUGUUUCACCAACAUGUUUACCCGAACUCAACGCCGAGGCCUAUGAUUUUCUUGCCCUUGCUUUGCGCGCCUUCGUCAAUACUUGGUGGACCAAGAUUACUCGUUAUGACAAGGAAUUCCUUCCCGAAAUCACGAUUGUCCUCAUGACCGUCCUUCGGACUUUCGAAACACGCAUGAUAUCCACUGACUUCUCCUUAUUCACAUUUUCAGUCGCCCCCGCUCUAAUAACGCAACACUAUCGCGACUACCGUCACGCUGCUUCCAAAGUGUCUACCUCGUAUGCAAUGGGCGGUGCUGUACCCCUUCCACACCUCUUUCACCAGCUGCAGCCUCACGUAGCAAUUUCUCCCGAGGGUAAAAUUGACGAGGAAUACUUUCGCCAGGCUUUCGACCAUGUACUUAAAUUAUGUCUCCCUCCUCAGGAUUAUGCUCCAGAGGUUGAGCGAUACAUCGUGCGUGAAAUCAUCCUCAAGGUACUAGUGAAGGAUGUUAUCCCGCGAGUCACCCAACCUUGGUUUAUUCAGCGAACAAUUUUGGACUUGCUCGGGCCAUCACUUGAUGCAGAGUCUGACAAGCCUCCAAGCGUAUCACCACCGUCACAUAAUCAUCACGCUCAUUUCUCUUUUCAUUCCAUCCUUGUAUUCUUCCUCUCCGCUGUACAAUCCAUCUCUGGAAUAGGCCUAGCCCUGAUUCAAACAUAUAAGCAGACGCUUAGUACCAUCAAACUUGUUAAUCAUUCCACGCCCCCAACAGUUAAUCAACGGCGAGCAAGUGAACCAUUGAGGACAGCUCGCCAAGCUCCUAUAUCGCCCACGAGGAGUGCAAGAUCGGUCUCACCACCUUUAUCAUCAUAUGCCUCGGCUGCAUCGUCUACUCCAUCCCUGCAUGCAGAUAUUCCUCCACCCAACCCUCAGCGUUUAUUCAGUCACUAUGCUCGACAGCCUCUCACAAUGAUAUCCGAGCUGUUUACAAUGCACGAGCGCUUUGCUACAAGUACAGUAAUGCAUACGUUGUGUAUGAUCUGUGCAGCCACGACUCCGUUCAUGGACCGACUCCUCACCCACUUACUCUACACUCGAAUCCUGUGCGCGUCCUCUAUACUAUUUGUACUACGACUAUCCAAGCGUACCUUAUUCCCAAAUGGAUACCCAGGCCCACCUCCAAUCGAUCCCACCCCAGAAGAACAAAUUAUUAUUCGCCAACAGCUACUUCGACGAUUGCGCGAACAGGUGCCAGCGUUUCUGGUUCCCGUCCUUCUUGGAUCAUCGCCAGAACGCACUAUCGAGGACAUUAUCAGUCCCCUCGACGACGCUGCGUGUAAUAUGCACCUGGCAAUAUUACUCGUGGACGCGUUAUUAUUGUCCAUUUUCCCAGAGAUGGGCGUGGAAGGGAGUGCCGAGAAUGCUGACAUGGAUAUACGAGAGAGGUUAGAUGACGACGGAAAGGACUGGACGCCAGAGAUAAGUCGAACUACGUCGGCGAUGACUGCAUGAGAAUGUCAUGAUUAUUCUGGAUUUUCUGCGAUUUUCCUGGGUUUCCGACUCGGAACCGUGAAGAAAUAUCCUCUGUUUGUCUGUAUUUAUUGACGUCACACGGUACGGUAUAUAUCAUCAAGCA